AGAUCCCAACGCCAUGGUUGCUGUUCCUAAGGUAACAGAAACAUCUAAAAAAGGAUUAGAUUUUCCAAAGGUCGAGCUUCAUCUCCAUCUUGAUGGAUCAGUUCGUUUUUCUACAUUGCUCGAACUUUCUCUAGGCAAAGGUGUGCCAAUAAAGGGUGCAGUGACUGUGGAGGACAUGAAGAGGGCGCUGAUCACACAUGAACCAGCUAAUUUAGCAAAAGUACUAGAAGCAUUUGAUCUUCUCUUACCAGUAAUCCGCGGUGAUGCGGAAGCUAUAGAGAGAAUAGCCUAUGAAAUGUGUGAAGAUCAAGCAGCAAAUGGUGUUAUAUACUUUGAAGGACGGUAUUCUCCUCAACUUCUCGUUGCUCCAGGUGGUGAGGUAGUAAACUUGCCAUUCACAUUUUACCCCCUUACCUCAACUGGCGUAGUGGAAGCGGUAAAGAGAGGAUUUGACCGCGGUGAAGCAGACUUUGGUGUUAAAGCGCGAUCUAUUGUGUGCUGCAUUCGUGGACUUCAUCAAUAUGCAGAUGAUGUGCUUCGAAUUGCCACCGAAUGCAAACACCUUGGUGUUGUGGCAGUUGACGUAGCUGGUUCUGCUCAUGGUGCAGACGAGCAGUAUGAACCAGAAGUUGUGCACAUGUUC